AUGCCUCCUUACCUCCCCACCACUGAAGAGCUCGACGCCAUGAACAAUGAAUGGGUCGAGCCCAACACCACCGCCUACGAGGGAAUGACUUACGCUCUGUAUGAUCAACCUGUGCGUGGUGAAGACAAGCAGGGCAGCUACUGGUACUCCCUCCCAGAAGGAUACGAGACCGAUACUGCCAAGCGGUACCCCGUUCUCGUCUGGUUGCACGGGGGCAUGUCGCGCGGGUCCCAGGCCGCGACUGCCGUGAAGAUGUACCGCGAGGCCAUGGCCAAGGGAACCAUGCCGCCGACCAUUCUGGUGGCUCCGCAGGGUCUUCCCGUAGGCUGGUACAUCAACUCGAUCGAUCACAAGUUCCCUGUCGAGGAUGUGCUGAUCAAGGAUCUCCUGCCACACCUGGACGCUACCUUCCGCACAAACGGCAAGAGGGGGAUUGAGGGGUUCAGUAUGGGUGGGUACGGCGCUGCCCAUCUCGGUAUCAGAUACAACUCGCUCUUCCGCGGGGUUUCGUCGAUUGCCCCUGCGGUCCUGCCUUCGCUGGCGAACGAGCCCAAGGAGCGUGUCUGGGAUACCUUCCGUGGAGACCAGAGCUACUACGACAAGGAGCACCCGCUGUUUCUCCUCCGGGAAAAGAGCGAGGAGCUGCGUACAGCAACCAUCAGAGUCCGCUUGCUGUCUGGCGGAGACGAUACUCGCCUGACCGAGGCGAUCGCCAAGAUGAGCGCCGUCAUGAAUGAGCUGGGGGUUGUUCACUACCGCAAGGAUAUCGCCGGGGCGGGCCACGAGUACGAUCAGAUCCUCGAGGGACUCGCCGAUGAUGCCUUUACCUUCUGGAACGACGCUUUUGCCAACUAG